AUGUCCAAGAAAAGCUCUCUGGGCCGAAAGUUGUUCAAUCUCGGCCCUUCAACUACUCUCAAGAAAACCUGGAAUCCCGUGCUGCCCGAUCCACGAAGGAGGGAAGUUGAUAAAGCAGGACCACUCUCCAUUUUGUAUGGUUCACUGUUUAAUCACCCGCAUGAGUGGAACAAUUAUGUGCCCAAAACGCACGUGUGGGCAUUUCCUAGGAAAGAGUCACGUGGGCUUAUUUUUCGUCAAUUCCAUAGAUCACCCAAAGGCCAAAUCAUAGAGUUGGAUGUAUGA